ACCGUACGGUGAACCUAACCCAAUCUAGUUCAGGCAACGCGGCGCCUCAGCACCACCGGGUGUCCUCCAAGUCUCUUCCCGCCGCCGCCCGGCAAUUUCUUCUUCCCCGCUUUGCAACCCUAACUCAAGCGAUCAGAUCGAUGGAGCACUCUUCGAGUGAAGAUGACGAGUUGGUCGAGGAUUAUCUGGAUUUUGAAGAUGAUAUCAAGGCAUCAGAUGUUAAUCAUCAACAUGAAGAAGCUGCAACAUCCGUUGCCAGCAGUAACAUGGCGUUAGUCGAGCAGGCCAUUGAAAAUGAGCUUCUUGCUGCUGAUGAUGGUGAUGCGAAGAAUCAGGUGCCAUGUCUUGGAAUGGAAUUCGAGUCUGAUACAGUGGCAAGGGCAUUCUACAAUGCCUAUGCAUUGCGACUUGGCUUUGGCAUUCGAGUGGCACGGUCACGCAGUGAGAGGCGGAAGGGGGUUGAAGUGAUGGUCAUGAAGAGGUUUGUCUGCUUAAAAGAGGGCCACCACAAAAAGAAGGUUACUGAAAAUGGCACCAAGAAGAAGCGCAAGCGUCUUUCCAUCAGGGAUGGUUGCCCUGCCAUGAUGGAGGUUGUUCGGAGGGGGCCUGAGAAAUGGGUUGUCACUAAGUUGGUCUUGGAGCACACACAUAUGGUGGUCAGCCCAGAGAGGGUGCGUGAGAUCCAGCUCAGUCGCCUCUCUGGAAAAGAUAGGGAGCAUCAGGACUUCCUGAAAGAGAUGCGGCGAAGGCUAUUUGGAGAAGGAGAUGCUCAAGUCCUUCUUGAGUAUUUCAAGAGGAUGCAGGCAGAGAAUGCUGGCUUCUUUUAUGCAAUGCAGGUUGAUAACAGGAAUUGUUUGACAAAUGUGUUAUGGGCAGAUGCUAAAGCCAGAUUGUCUUAUAAUUAUUUUGGAGAUGCAGUUACUUUUGACACGACAUAUAGGCAGAAUAAAAACAUGAUACCAUUUGCUGCAUUUACCGGUCUAAAUCAUCAUGGACAGACAGUUGUUUUUGGAUGUGCCUUGAUGAUAGAUAAGACAGAAUCCUCAUUUGCUUGGUUGUUUGAGACAUGGCUGACAGCAAUGUUUGGACGCCACCCACUGUCUAUUACUACUGAUCAAGGCAAGGCUCUGGCAUCAGCAGUUGCAAAGGUCUUUCCUGACACAUGUCACCGUUUAUGUAGAUGGCGUGUCCUAUCUAGAUGCAAGAAGAAGUUGUCUGAUGUGUACCGUAGGCACCCCACCCUUCAUGAUGAAUUAAAGACAUGCAUCAAUGAUUCUACCACGGUUGAAACCUUUGAAGUUUAUUGGAGGAAAAUUCUUGAUAAAUAUAAUCUUAGGGAGAACUCAUGGUUGCAAAUUCUAUAUAAUAUCCGCCACAGAUGGGUACCAGCAUACCUAAGAGACUCCUUUUUUGCAGAAUUGUCUACGACUUCGAGAGUAGAAAGUAUGAACAGGUUUUACAGAAGAAACUUCGUUAGAGAGAGCUCCUUGCAAAUGUUUAUUGCAAAAUUUGAUCAAGAAAUGGACAACGGUUAUGAAAAAGAAGCCCAAGAAGACUGUGCUAGUCUCAGUACCCAACCAAUUCUGAAAACUGACUCACCUAUGGAGAAACAAGCGGCCAGUAUUUACACUAGGACGGUAUUUGAGAAGUUCCAAGCAGAACUCGUCGAAGCACUGAACCACUAUGCGGUGAAAAUUCAAGAUGGAUCUAUGAUCAAGUACUCUGUUGGACGGGAUGGGGAUGCUCAUAAUCAAUAUAUUGUUUUCUUCGAUGAGCCCGAGAAGAAAGCAUAUUGUAGUUGCUGCAAGUAUGAGGUUUCAGGAAUACUUUGCAGACAUGUGCUUGGUCUCUUCUUGGCAUGUGGAACCAUUCUUCUUCCAGAACAUUGCAUUUUAAAAAGAUGGACUAAGAAGGCAAAGAGUGACUCGGUAGGACAUGAAAUUGAGCUUGAAGUUCAAAAUUAUUCACAGGAUUCACCAAUCUUGUGGUACAAUGAUCUCUUGCAUUAUACCAUGAAGUUUGCAGAGAGAGGAGCAACAUCUUCAGAGGCAUACAAGAUUGCAAAGGAUAUGCUGCAAAAAGUCUUUGCUCAAAUCAUUAGUUAUGAGGAAAAUGUGGCUGAAGGGAUGCCUCAUCACGUGGGAAAGGUCUGAUAUAAUUGCUAAUAUGGGAGGAGUUGAUGCCAUUACUACAAUGGUGCAUUCAAAAGCAGAUGGAUUUGGCCUUUUCUGUGGCAUUUUUUAAGAGGUUAUUGUAGUCAUUUCUUAGUUGGUUGAGAAGUGCUUUCUCUUUUUCCAAGCAGGUUACUUGAAUUCAAAGGCGAUGAAAGUGUCCUCCGCAUAGUGACAUAUGACAAGUAUAGGUCUACACUUUUUUGUCUUAACUUGCUGUUUAUGAUUUAUCAAUGGCCAUGUUGAUGUAAUACUUUUAUUAUGAAAGUUGCAGCUCCCCCCCCUCAUGGCCAAGGUUUCAUGGCUAGCAUCUUUAUGUAAAUUUGAGUAGUGAUGGUUAGCUUGUUCUUUCUUUUAGUUAUUUAAGGUUCCAAUAUUUUCUUUUUA